CAUUCCACUCCGCCGCUUGGCCAGCUAUUAGUGAUAUGUCUAGUCCACGUUCUCCUCAAGGUCGUGGGAGAAACCCUACAAUUAUCACUGUUAUCUUGCCCUCACGCAAGAGUGCGAGCGGGCCACUUGCGCCGUCGGUUUCUCUCUGGGGAAGCGCGAUUCGUCUCACAUCAUGAAAAUGAUGAUUCGACGUUUGUUGCAGCUCCUAGCCGUCAUAGGCAGUCUGAUAGCCGUACCUGCCCAUGGCCAUGGUGGCUCUGGUGGAGUGUCGGCCGCUGCAUCAGCAGGAACCGUCCUUUCGCCAUUGGCCAGCAAGCAUGGAAUGCCGUUCUGUGCGGCUCUGCUGGUACAGGAGGUCGGUAUCGACGCAGGUGCAUACGCGGAAUUAGGGAGACAGCUUCAACAGGACGCGCCGUUCUACCUGUGGGUUGGACUAGUCGACUUUCCCCAAGAUACUCCUACCAGCGAUCUCAUUGACUCGUACAUGAGCCACAUGCUGAGUGACCUGGAUGCGCUUGGAUUCAACAAGAGCGACACACGACUUCUGUACGCCUUUGGUCAUGGUGCUGGCAGUUUCCCUAUGCAGGACUGGGCCAUCAAGUACGUCGCGAAUCAGCGUAAAGUCACACCACUGCCCGCCCCGCUGAAGGGGGUCGUCCUGCUCGGCUCAUAUCUGCAGCGAAAACACCGCAACAGUACCUUCCCAACCGGGGUGAUGACCAUGGCUGGCGAUAUGGAUGGCGUCACGCGAAUAACGCGAAUCGCUGAGUCCUAUUACCAUCUGAUAUUACAUCCUGGCUCGCCACCAAUCAAUUACGGCUUUCCUCACAUUGUUCUGAAUGGAGUUUCGCAUAUGCAGUUUGCAUCCGGUCCGCCGCCACCCAUUGCACAGGAACUGGACCUAAAACCGGAGCAAAGCCAGGCCAACGCCACCCACGCUGUGACGUCAAUAUCGUCGGCAUUCAUGGCACUAAAAUUCGAGGAUGUUCUGCGGGAGGGUGACCAAGUAUCAUCAGCCGAAUACGAACAUUUGCCAUUCCGGGAGAUUUUUGCGAAAGCACGAAAUCUGUUGGACCAAGGCUUACGCGAUGCUGAUGAUGUUCUCACUCCGAUCGUGGAAAGCUUUGAGGCAGAGGCAUUCUACCACCUACACUCGCCGUGUUAUGCGAAAACAGACGACAAAAACUGCUCAUCACGCAGUCCCUGGAUAGAGACUGCCCAGACCUUGAUGUGUGGCCUCGGGGCGUCCCGGACGUCCGUAGCCGAUCGAAGUAUUCUCUGGCCCGUCAACGAGGUGUUUCCGCACGACUAUCUGCCGAAGAUAUUGAACUCCUGCACUCCCACCGACAUCAAUUGCACACUGAACACAACGUCUGUUGUCGAGAAUGUCUAUGCAGAGAGCGAUGUGGCUGAUGAGUCGCUAGCCCCGAUUGCAGCCGUGCAGCAGGAGGUAAAGUUCAACUCCAGGCAACGGUGCUACGAGCAUGCUGGUAUUACUCCAGCCGAUUUCAACACCACAGACGGUCCGUCCCUAUGCGCCGAUAUCAAUCAAGCCGCAUACGAGCAAGCAGUCGGCAAAGCGAACGCCGUAAAUAAGGCGCGAUUCCUCAAAUACGGCCAGCGAUUGAGGAUGGCUCCUGACAAAGUCACCAGUAUAUUCCCCAUUUGGAGCAUUGAGCCAUUGCAGAUUGACACGUCCGGCACAGAGGCCCUCGUCACAGCCUGGGCGUCCAAGUACUCCACGCAGAAUCCAAUACCAUUGGUGGCCGGCCUUCAUUUCUGCAAACUGCUCUCACCUGCCAGGGCAAUGGAAUGGGUUUACGUGGAUUCGCUGAGAAAGUCGCAUUCCCUUGGCUAGCUGCGAAUUCCUGAUGAUACUUCAACUUGCAUUAAUUUUAUUGAGGCAGCAACCACGUAUUGACAACAAGACAGGUAAUCAUCAAGACUCGAUACCACAAAAACGUCGUGACUCACGUUGUAUUUUGUAUCAUUGGGGAUUAAUUUGGCUGGAUAUCAAGUCUGAUGUUUUCAUUGUGAAUUUUACCUACCACGGUCCCAAGGACAUCUUUCCAAACAAUCUAUUAGAAGGACACUAGGGUAGUGUUGCGGUAGUACAAACCUUCCUGCUUGCAAUGGGGAUAUACUAUUCUCUUUGAAAUGCAAUCUCCUGUCUAAACAUCCAAUGUAGAAUUGCUCUACAACGUAUUGUGUUUAAAACGUUUUGAAAGGCUUUUACUGUACAUGCUUCUUGGCAUCAAAGUUUUCGGAGUUUUCCUAACAUGGUUGCCAUGGAGAUUCUGAACAUCUAAGGCAGAAAUAUGCAUACUACGUCAUUUCAACAAUUCCUUUUUCCCUUCUGUUUCGUCUGAGGUUGUCACGGUAACCCGGUG